AUGAAGCCGGCGGUUGAAGGCGACGAGCGUGCGGCGGAGAUCGCCCGCAUCAAGGCCGCCGCGGCCGCCGCCAAAAAGUCGGCGGAAGAGGUGGUGGAUGUGGAUGAUGAGGACGACGAUGAUGACGAGGAGGACGACGACGAAGUCGACGAGGAGGAGGAGCCUGAGGAGGAGCUAGGAACUGAAUAUCUGGUGCAGCCGCUUGGCCGUGCUGAAGACGAAGAGCAUUCCAGUGACUUUGAGCCAGAAGAAAAUGGUGAUGGUGCUGAGGACGAGGAGAUUGAGGAUGAUGAUGCUGAGGAUGGUGAGGAUUCUGUCAAGGCGCAAUCCUCUUCGAAGAGGAAGAGGUCUGGCGCGGAGGAUGAAGAUGAUGAUGACGGUGAUGAUGAUGGUGAUGAUGAUGAGAAGCCUCCAUCAAAGCGAUAG